UCCAUCUUCCCGCCUGGUGAUGACUGAGACUGCUGGUCCAGUGAGGCGUGGAAGAAAGCAGAUGGCAAAUUCUCUGCUGGGUACUCCCGAUAAAUCCUCCGGUAAAGCUAUCAUGGACCCGUCACAAAUCCCGAUGGAUCAGCUCCACUAUUUAAACGAAAAUCAUAUAUAUUGGAAAGAAGGGAAAACGAAACGAGCAUUCGUUUGUCAAGCGUGUGGCCAAACAAUGCCGAGCUUAGGUGCCUCGAUACACCAUUCGCAGCAACAGUCACAUCAGGCAAAUCUACUUACCGACCAAGUGCGGACUGUGUUGUUGCAUCUGCCCCCGAUUAUUCCAGCCCAUCGUUUAGUUUUAAACCAAACAUUGGAAUCUGCCGUUGAAGGUGUACUGGUAGAGCCCGCAGAAGUGGAGCGGCGCCAACGUUUCGCUCAUCAUGUGAUUAAAGCUCUUCAGUGCCGAAUUAAAGAUUUCCAGAUGGUCGGCGUCGGCAAUACAUGGAGUGGUGUUGCUCUGCCCGACAGUCACGUGGACUUGGAUGUGUGUCGGUUAACCACGGCGGAGAUGCGAGACAAAUCACCCCAAAAACAGCCCAAACUGAUGGUGGUCGAUGAUUCCAUCGUUCGCUCUCCGAGUCUCGGCUACCUGAUGGAAGACAUAUUUGAACUGCUGAAAGCCAAUUCUCAGAAGUACACCGCACCCAGCAUGAGUUCUAGUCCGAAGAAGGUGGACGGGGAACUAGCCGACAUCCAAACCUCGAAAUCGAGCCCCUCCAAUGGACUGGUAAAGUUCCCUGAUAUCUACAAUGUCGUUCGGACAGACGCCGAAUAUUUCUCAAUCUCCUUUACCGACGCCAACCAAGUGCAGUAUGAUAUUCACACCGGGAACCCUCUUGGCCAUCAUGUAGCCAAACUUUUGCUCACCUAUCUUGGGUUGGAUGCUCGUGCCCGCGACCUUGCUACUCUGUUCUGUAAACUGGCUAAGCUUGCUCAUUUGGAUAUGCCGUUGAAUGGCACGUUCCCACCGACAGUUCUGUUAAUCAUGGUUAUCUUCUACUUGCAACACACAAGUCCACCGGUUCUGCCAAAUUUGCACCAACUCUAUCGUUCUGCAGCGCACGAGUCACUUCCUGCAGAUUCAUUCUAUCAUGUGGAGUACGACUGUCAGGAUUUGUCGUUCCUCACAGACCCUGCCCUGAUCUCAAAGCUUUGGUUGCCCUCUAACAAUUCAUUCCCCCAUCCUUCUCCCUGUUUUCCUAUUCCGAACCUUCCCUACUUGGAACAAGCUUCGUGCAUGGCUGAUCUCUGGCUUGGUCUGCUCCGCUUUUACCUGUUCGAUUUCCAAAAGGCUACUUACGCAGUCGAUCUUGUGUGCCCCAGUCCACUUCGUCGUCGCCGAUCCGGUGGCGGAAUAUCGUCUAUAUUCGUCUUUGACCCAUUUGACCGGAAAGAUUUGUGUCGGCAAAUUUCCUCGGGUGGUUUUGAAUACAUCCGUAGUCAACUUUUGGCUGCGUACGGAUAUUUUGGCGUCCCACGGUUGACCAACGGCAGGCACGUGUUCACCAACGUUCGGACGCACGAACCCGAUGCGCAUGUCGAGGCCAAUUUGCGUAAAAACAGAUCCCCCAGCAAGCGAAACAUCAAGGCUUCGACACCCAAUGACAAUUCUCCGCAAGAGGGCGAUCACAGUCCGAAUCCCCCGAUUCUCCGGCUAACUCCGAUUAUUGACAGCACCGACGGGUUCGCUGGCAAUCUGGUCAAGGUCAAAAGUCUAGUUGCGGAAAAAUUUGGCGCCAAAUUGGAGGCCAGUCCCCCAAACAUCUCUGACGUCAAUCCUGUAGAGGGCGAGACUACUGAAGAGGCCCCGGAUGCAGUUCGAAAAUUGGCUUUGGCAGAUGUGGCUCCUCUGAUACUUGAAGUUGUGCUAGAUGAGUUGCUAGAGUCUGCGGAUGCCGCUGGUCAGUUUCAUUCGGUUAUUCUACAUCUUUCACUUCCAACAUUGACAAAGCAAUGUUUUCAAAGGCAGUCCUCUUUGACUCAGCGAAAUUUCCUUCUGACCGUCACUGAUUGUGCCCAACUGACCGAACAUUUCGCCGUCGUUUUCUGGUCAAAAAUCUACGACACCUUCAUUGACAAAGGUUUACUGGUUACAAGGCAGCGAAGCUUUGUGAAGAUGACAUCUUUCUUAUUUCGUAUGGUAUUCUGGCGUUGGUACAACAAAAACCAUUCGAAUGAACAGCCCAUGAAUUCUGAAGGUUCACCAGGCCUUGAAUCAGAACCAUGUGAAUUCUGUAUGGAGGCGAAAAACCAAGAGGGACUAGGUCCUCAUCAAUGUACUUGUAAGGUCAAAAAGCCACCCGAAGAAGAAUACUCUCUUGGUAAAAGGCCAUCUCCCUUAGAUGACCCGGAUAUUGUGCUGAACUUUGAGGAAGAUUUUGAUGAUGACAACGAAGGAGAUCCUACCGAGGUUGAUUGUGAAAGGUUUCUAGAGUCUCUGCCGAAUGACACUCUGGAUCACGACGUGCCUUUUGACCCCAUGAAUGAGGACACAGUGGAUGAACAAAAUGAACUUGUCGAGCAGACUUUGGACCUAGGUGAAGAUGAUGAAGUGGAAAUGAAAAUGAACGAGGAAAUUGAUACCAGGGCGCAGGGUGGCACAGUGGACUCGACAGACGAAUCGACCUCAUUUCUUCAAUCGGACAUCCGAGACAAAUUGUUGAAGGCGGUCGAUUCGCUUACAUCUUCCAAAUUGAAGGUCGCCCAACCUGAUAGUGGAGGACUUUAUGACCCCGAUAUCAUCGUCGAUCCGGGCCCUCAGUCACAAAACUCGGGUGCUAUGCUAUUCGAACAGAGCUGCUCGACCCAAAAGGUACCAAUUAAUGGGAAGGACGCACGUACAUCAAAGCGCGCGAAGCGUGCUGCGCAGGAUUUUGAGAACUCACAACCGCCAGAAGGAGCCAGCGUCGCGAAGGUUGCGGCGGUUGAACAUGCUACUUCUGAAGCGCUCGGCUGGCAGAGAGUCAUUUUAACACGCGAUGCCUAUGGCCCAGCUUUAGAUGACGAUCGCCCGAAUUUCUAUAACUCCGCACUAGUGGCCAAAUUGGAGCCCGAAGAUCUCUCAUUUUCCUUUAUCGUCCGUGGUCGAUUACCCGCUCCCGGUAAACAUGGGAUCCGCUCGUCCGUGCUAGGCCUCGCCGCACCCAAUCAGCCCUCAACUCUACUCGCCCACUUCGAAUCACCGCAACCGCAGUGCAAGGGUUGUGGUCAAACGGGUCACCGGAUUGGGAUGUGUGCCAGUGCGGCGGAAAAGUCCGUCUCUUUUGUCGCAUGGAAAAAACUUCAACCAUCGUUACCACCACUGGCUUCCGAAAACCAAAUCACCGCACUCACCGCAUGUCUGACUGAACUGAAUUCCUUCCAUGACUGUAGUGGCCAAAUAGCCAGUAGACAGUUUAUCGUUGACACUCUGCAACGCGUGAUUGCCAACAUUUUCCCCUCGGUCCAACUACGUUUGUAUGGGUCGUGCGCGAACGGAUUCGAAUUGGUCUCCAGUGACAUGGACCUAUGUGUUAUCUUCCCCCGCGACUCGUUCGAAUGGCGUCAACUGAAAGAGGUGGGAUCGACCUUGUCCUUGAUUCGAAGAAUAAGAGCCCAACUGUUCAGAUGUGACCGGUCUCUUGGGAUUAACCGCGUUCGAGCCAUACUACACGCGCGUGUGCCCAUUCUGAAAGUCAGCUUCGAGAACGGGUUUGAAGUGGAUAUCAGCUUUUCGAAUCAUCUGGCUGUGAUCAACACAGAAAUGCUACGAUUCUACACGGUUGUCGAGCCCAAGUUACGUGUUCUUGGCAUCGCAUUGAAGAUAAUCAGUAAGCUUUGCCAUAUUGGCGACGCGUCUGUCGGCGGGGUCUCAUCCUACGCCUUGAUUAUCAUGCUCAUUCACUAUCUGCAGCAAAAAGAUCAGCUACCGGUUUUACAGGAGGCAUAUGUAGAAAAAGAGAAGCCGCAGAAUUUGAUGAGUGGAUGGAAUGCCUGGUACCAAGAUGAUCUAACCGUUCUGGCCAAAUGUUGGCGUCCGCCAGAGCAGAAGAUGUCCCUCGGUGAAAUGUGGCUCGGGUUCUUCCACUACUACUUGUUCGAGUUCAACCGUGACGUGAAUGUGGUGUGCAUUCGACAGAAGAAGUUGCUUUCACGGUUCGUGAAAAUGUGGACUUCUUUAUUCGCGAUCGAGGAUCCAUUUGACCUGGAUCAUAACUUGACUUGCGCGCUUUCCAGAGACUCGCUUCUGAGCAUACUCGACCUGUUCUACGCGGUUCUGGUACAUCACACCACUCUCAACCCGGACAGCAUGCAUGUUGAUUUGUGGCGAUUUUCCCUAUUCUCACCAAAACGCCUGGAUGAGAUUCGGCGUCUUGGAACUCCCUCACGCUGGCGCUGUCGUCGAUGUCGUCAGUUUGGUCACCGGGCUGCAGAUUGUCCUACAAAAGAUAACACUCCUCAAUCCAUCGUUUCCGACACGAACGUACAGGUGUUGAUAGGUGCGUUUCUGAACCGUAAGCCCCACCAAAGCAUUAACAAUCAGUCCAGCACACCUGUGGGCUCCAUCCAUCACCAAAGAAUUAUUCCUCAACAGCAGGGGAAUUUCAUUCUGCGCUCUAGUCCACAAACUGGAUCUCAGGGACCACAUUACCGACCUCAUUCCUAUCCCACAAAACCGAUGUACCGUUCCAAUCGACCGUAUACUUUUUUACCUGAUCGUAACCCUCAUCCCCCUCAGUAUUCACAUGCUUAUGGAAUGAGCAAUUACACAGUUGGUGGAGGGCAUAGUUGUUACCCCCAGUAUCUUACACGGCAGCAUCAACAACCGGCUGUGGUCUAUCCGAUCCCCCGACAACAUUUUGUACCGAUAUCACAUAAUUUCGACCGUCACUCGACACCCGCCAUGUAUGUUGUACCCUCGACACAACAGCCAAAAUGGACUGGCGAUCCCGUCGCCUACAGCGAACAUUUCCCUCCUCCUCCAACAACUCCGAAUAAACAAUCCAAUGUGGCUGAGAUGCCACAGCAGCAAAGCAACCCCUCCCCAGCUCAUCCACUCCAAAGCUCCAACGGUGGAAAAAAACCUGCGCAACCUGCAUUUACUCCCGAAAAACAAAAUAAGCGAAAGAAAGCAAGAAAGCCAUUUGAAAAUCCAAAUGCGAAAGUUACCACAGUUUCUUUAUAUGAUAGUCCAGCUUCCGACUGCAUCACCUGGGUGAAUGAGAAGUUUCAGCUCGGCACGAGUUCCUCUGGUCACCAGCAUACUUUUCGAAACGCUACUUGCAACCAGCAGUUCAGGAAACCACCACCCACUAGCCAAACAACGUCAGCAGUCUCCACUGAACUACAGACUCAGGACAAAACCACCCAACCCAAACACAAGGGAAACCCUCGCUUCACCCAGCCCUCUACACGUGGACCCAUACUUUCAAACUGUGCUAAUACAGAUGCUGACUUGGCUAGGCGUUUUCAGAACAUGUCCACACGGAAGUGAUGGACCUCCAUUCGGUGUGCGCUUACUGCGCCUCCUGUUGUGCAUGUUUCAUUGAACUGUUCUUCCCUCCACAUCUCCGUGUUUUUCAAACGCCUGUCACACCAACUCCCGUUUUGCAUCUCUAGUGUUAUAUACGAACUCGCCUUUAUUUCCGCAUUACGGAAGCCGUCCCAGCUCCCACAGACUUCUAGUCAACGGUGCUGUCACUGUAUCUUGUGAAUAACAUCUCCCUCGGGGCGUGUGAUGCUUCCCAGGACCGAUUAAACGUUUG